AUGAUAAGACUUAUCCAAAUUUUAGAAAAUUAUGGAAACUGGAAGCAGGUGCUUCAAGUCAUUGAGUGGAUGCAAGCAAGAGAACGCUUCAAGUCUAACAGGAUAAGAAACAUUUACACUGCUGCGCUUGAUGCACUUGGGAAGGCAACAAGACCUAUGGAAUCACUGAAUAAAUCAUUUGAAUCCCUGAAGCCUGAUAUGUUGAUUGUAUUAGGAAACGUAUCUGCACAAGGAGCAAAGUUAAGUACAAGCAAACAGUCAUUAAAUUUGUGCUACAAGAAUUUCACAGUUUGUUGGGUCCAUUUCUUGACCUACCAUACCAUGUUAUUCCUGGAGAUAGAGACAUUGGAGAAUGCAAUGGCAUUGGAUUUCGAUGGUUAUGGUGCAUUUGAAAUUGGUAAUUGA